AUUUAGCAGGUUAUCAAUCAGCGCAGCAAAGGCAGCCGCAUAUUUAUCAGCACGACGCGAAGAAUUCCCCGCCGUUGAAAUACAGUAUAGCCAUAUAGCAGACUUUUCAUUCUAUCGCCAUAAACGGCAAUCUUCUUUUCUUUCCGUUUUCGGCUGAACGCCACUGACGCUUGCUGUCCUGUUUUUUGAUAUGUAACACUAUUUGCUUUGUGAAGAUCAGUAAAUAAUGAACGCGACAUCGUUGUACUUUCGCCAGUUAUUUACUGGUUCGCGGGAAGUUAACUACGGGAACACGGUACUUGUGCAGCGUGACAACGGCCAAUGGUGGUUAGGAUAUGUUCAGGACAUUGACGGCGAUCGCUUCUUCAUUGACUUCGAUGCCAGCACGAUCCAUGCACAAUGGAUCCACACUAGACAUAUCUGGCCGCAUCAUUUCCUGUCCUCGCGGAAGUGGCCAAUGGUUCGAGGGAAAACGCUCCAGGUAGCGAUGCGGCAGCACGCAGGAGGGCCGAUGGUGUUCCGAUCGGGCACGGUAACCGGCGAGACGAACGUUCUCUUCCGCGCGAUGCGACUGGACGAUCAUAAUCGUGGCGGAAAGAAUCCGUGUGAGAUCGUGUAUCAGAAUCAUUUCGUUGAAAGUCUACCAGCGACUAACGACGGAGGAAGCUUCUUCGGGCGAACUACCGGGUACUUGUACAGAAAACAUGUUAUCAGUUUUCCGGAUGCUGGUCUGUUGCCGGAAGUGGAUUUCCUGCCGACGUUUCUCGGUCAAACAUCCCAUCUAGCGUUGAAUUCGGGCGCUGAUCUGUGUGAUACAAAAUGCCGUUUUCGAAGAACCGUUUCACUUGACACGAGCGUUUUCUUUUGUCAAGGUCGAGGUUCACACCGCCGGAAGAAAUAUUCUAUAGAUCUCGCCUGUCGGGUAUUUGCGCGAGCGGAAAUGGAUACGGUCACUUUUAUUUGUGCCGAAAUGCAUGAUGACGCAGCGGGUCGCAGCAUGUUCUGGGACGAAGCGACCUUGAAGAAGGCGUGCAAAAACUAUUUACGCGAAACGCAAAAGAGUGAAUGUGUUCACCUGGACAGGACGUCUGGGAAUGCGCUGGAGUAUGAACUGGAAGAAAUGUCCAUCAGUGAACUGCCCCAUCCGAUCGUAACGUGCAUAUUGCUUUAUUUGGACAUAUAUUCCCAAGCACAGACAAGGCGGGUAUGCGCUUUGUGGAGGCUGAUCUUCCGGAAAUACAUCAACAAGCGCCACAUUCUCUUCGAUCUUUGCGCAUCGUAUGAGAAGCAGCCGCGUGUUCAGGAAGCGUUAGAAGACUACAAUGAUUAUCGCACUUACGAACUGAUUACCAUGCUCAACGGCAUUCUUCCCAGACACACUCAUACGCUGGCGCUGACUCAAGACGAGAAUCACACGCACGCCAAUCCUGCCGAAGAUGCACUGACACGGAUGUGGACAAUCAAAACAGUAUUUGAAGAAAAGGACAUCAGUCUGCCUUUAAUUAUUCUGAAGAACGGACGCGAUCAAAUGAACUACACUCUACUCGAUAUCUGCUGCAAUCCCCGCCUCGGCUCAUCCGAUUGCGUCGCGCUGUCCAAGUUCUGGUCCGUCUGCGAACAGUUGGUCCUGAUUGGCUAUAACGCUUCCGACGCUCUUAAGGGAUCAGCGUGCCGGAUCUUGUUCUCGGAUGUAGCAGCUGCAUUGCCGGAUUCAGAGAUUAUGCGGAGCAAAAUUACCGCGGGCUGUGAUAUAAUCGUUCCGCUUCUACACUUUCACUCCACGCAAACGGCCGCAGAACAGUGCCGAAUUUUCUUAACGGCAGCAAACGACAGUUGUCCAGCAGUGAGUCAGCGCGUAUUCGAAAGGGUCACAGCGAUGCAUAAGCGGUGGGUCCAAACGUUGAAGUAUCCGGAUGACUGGGUUCGCAUUCGCGUUUUUCUGCAGCUGUUCAACAGCUUCGGCCUGAACGACGAUCCACAAGGCUGGGAUACUAUGGAUCUUCGACAGCUGCACAUUGCCUCCCUGACCAACGUGACCUUUGCAGUGCUGGACAGUUGCUUCGAAGACUGAAGCAGUAUCAUAUCAG